GCCAUAGAUGCUGGAUCAUUUGGAAAGUCUGGCCGUUCCGCGCACCACCCGCCCUCACGAGCUGAACUGGAGACGGAUAGGAAACCCCGCUGCAGACCCCGAGCGCCGGCCUUCACCCCGACCCCGUCUCCUCUUGUCCGGUUUAGAGGUGUCGCUAAAGGAUUAAUGAGCCAAAAAGGCACCCAGCUUCUCCUUUAAGGCUCAUUUCGGCGCUUUUCGGCUUUACGCCUGGACUGCCUUACACCUUCCCUUUCAUAUUCACUUCAUUCGAGGAUACCUGUACCUCUACUGAUGGAACAGGGUCACUCCAACGUUCUCCUGCUGCCGCCCAACACCACCUAACAUUUCCUGGAAGAACGUGUCCAUUGCCCGCUCCCAACAAACAUGGACUGUUUUCCCAUGCUUUAUUUUCUGUCGAGACAUCAUGAUUCCUGGUAAUCGAAUGCUGAUGGUCAUUUUAAUAUGCCAAGUCCUGCUGGGAGAGAGCAACCAUGCUAGUCUGAUACCUGAAGAAGGGAAAAAGAAAGUACCGGGCCUGCAGGGUCGUUCGACCGCUCAGAGCCAUGAACUGCUGCGGGACUUCGAGGCCACGCUGCUGCACAUGUUCGGCCUCAAGAAGCGGCCGCGGCCCAGCCGCUCGGCCACCGUGCCUCGCUACCUGCUGGACCUCUAUCGGCUACAGUCGGGGGAGGCUGAGGAGGCCGGGGCGCAUGAUAUCGCUUUUGAGUACCCAGAGAGGUCAGCCAGCCGGGCCAACACUGUGAGGGGCUUCCACCACGAGGAGCACAUGGAGAGGGUCCAUGAACUGGACGAUGGAGAAACUGCGCCCCUUCGCUUCCUGUUCAACCUCAGCAGCAUUCCAGAGGAUGAGCUGCUCUCUUCCGCCGAACUGAGGCUCUACCGUCAUCAGAUCGACGAGGCCAUCGCCGACGCCUUCUCAGACGACCAGGGGCUUCACCGGAUAAACGUGUAUGAGGUGCUGAAGCCCCCACGGCCAGGGCAGCUAAUCACGCAGCUCUUGGAUACGCGGCUUGUGCGCCACAACGCGUCGCGCUGGGAGAGCUUUGACGUAAGCCCCGCAGUGCUGCGUUGGACUCGUGAAGGCCUCCCCAAUUAUGGGCUGGCCGUGGAGGUUCUGCACCUCAACCAGACGCCGCGCCACCAGGGCAGACACGUCCGCGUCAGCCGCUCGCUACACCAGGAGCCUGGCGAGGACUGGGAGCAGCUACGCCCCCUCCUGGUUACCUUUGGCCAUGACGGGAAGGGUCACCCGCUGACCCGCCGGACCAAGCGCAGCCCCAAGCAGCGGGGCCGUAAACGCAACCGUAACUGCCGGCGCCACGCACUGUAUGUGGACUUCAGCGAUGUAGGCUGGAAUGACUGGAUAGUGGCGCCCCCUGGUUACCAGGCCUAUUACUGCCACGGGGAAUGUCCCUUCCCUCUGGCGGAUCAUCUGAACUCAACCAACCACGCCAUUGUUCAGACACUGGUGAACUCUGUGAACAACAACAUUCCCAAGGCCUGCUGCGUGCCAACAGAGCUCAGCGCCAUCUCCAUGCUCUACCUAGACGAACAUGACAAGGUGGUCCUAAAAAACUACCAGGAAAUGGUAGUGGAGGGCUGCGGCUGCCGCUAACACACAGACUUAAACAACUUGGACAUGAAAAAAGCAACAUGGACGCUAAAACAAACCAGAAGGUCUUUUACUCCCAAAAAUGUUCACUUGGACCCUUAUUUAUAACUUUUAUGUUGACGUGUAUGUUUGUCUCACUUUUUUUUUGUUUCUUUGACAAUAUGAUCAUAUAUUUUGACAAAAUAUAUAUAUUUAUAUCUACAUAUUAAAAAUAAAUUGAGUCCUUAUUUUAAACAUGAAAAAGCUGUACAACUUUUCAUAAUGUACAUUAGAUUGU